GAAAUCAGCAACCUCGUAUCGCUGUGCCAUUCUCUCCCUGCUCUAGCACCACUCCCUUAACUUGGUAUCUGUUUACUUUACAGAAGGCAGUUUUGGAGAAAGGAUCAUAAAUAUUCUGGCCCAGUACCCUAGGGGCCACAACAAGCAAAAUAACACACCCGCUUAGCGAUAGACCUUGUGAUAUUUAACUGUGUGUGUUACUUUUUUAAUCCACUUUAAUAACUGGAUUAUCCACCCUCCACACCCCCAGCCCCAACUUCUUUGCGUUCUGUUUCUGCUCUGAGGCCGUGAACACAGAAAUCUCUGCAGGCAAAUUACUCCAGAGCCAUUGCAGAACAAUCCUAGAAGGAACGGUUAAACUCACAGCAUCUGGAUUCCUGAUCCUUUUCCGACAUGGCAGGUGUGAGUGUCUGUGUAAAAUAUUCUAUGUUUAUCUUCAACUUCGUGUCCUGGCUAUGUGGUGCCUCAAUCCUGGCAGUAGCAAUUUGGCUACGAGUAGGCAAAGAUGGUCGAGAGAUUCUCAGUCCUGGGGAUGCUACCAUUAACCCCUAUAUUGCUGUGAACAUCUUGAUUGUUGUGGGUGCUAUCAUCAUGAUUCUGGGUUUCCUGGGAUGCUUUGGUGCCAUGAAAGAAAACCAGUUCAUGCUUGUUUUGUUUUUCGUAGGAUUGAUUCUGAUCCUACUUCUGCAAGUGGUGGCAGGUAUCCUAGGAGCUACUAACAAAUCUAAGACUGAACGUGCUCUGAAUGAGACUCUCCAGACUAAUGUACAUCUUUUGAGUGCAACAAAUGAAAAUGGAAAACUAUUCCAGAAAGCCUUUUCUGAAAUUCAAGAAGAGGUAAUUAGAAUUUAUGAAGAAACUGUGGCACCGAGAGGUUUAAGUAACAUGGGUAACGUGGUCACCCAGCCAUUAAAAUGUUGUGGUUUGAUCAAUGGAGCUUCUGAUUGGGGAAAUAAUUUUCAAUACUAUUACAAGUCAUGUGAAUGUCCAAGUGCAUCAGAUUCUUCUUGUACAAAGUAUGAUGGAAAAACUAUUUACAAACAGGGAACACAGGUUCGAUCUCUGGUCCAGGAAGAUGCCACAUGCCACGGAGCAACUAAGCCUGUGCACCACAACUACUGAGCCUGCACUCUAGAGUCUGCGAGCCACAACUACUGAGCCCGUGUGCCACAACUACUGAAGCCCGCAUGCCUAGAGCUUGUGCUCCGCAACAAGAGAAGCCACUGCAAUGAGAAGCCUGCGCACCACAACAAACAGUAACCCCUGCUCGCUGCAACUAGAGAAAGUCCGCGAACAGCAACGAAGACCCAACAUGCCAAAAAAUAAAUAAAAAUUUUUUAAAAAAUCAUUUAAAAAAAUGAAAAUCUACACUAUAAUUAGCUGAAACCUCAACCAGGGAACUCUCUGCUGCAGGUUACAAACCUAAAAAAUACGCAGUCAAGGUGAUAACAGCUCUAAAAUGAACAAUCAGAAGUUAGGAUAAAAUGAGUAUUUAUAACUAAAUAGCCCUAGAUUCAGUAAUUAGGUAGUUGAAGCAAAACUUUGUUCCUCAAAUGCUUCCUAAUGUAUGAACAAACCACAACAGUUAUAACCUUUCGGAGGGGGAAAGGAGCUUGGAGUGGCUGGAAUAAUCCAAUUCCUUUCUGUUGAGUAUGUUCCUUGAUAGCAAUGUAAAAAGUUAACCCAAUAAAUAAAAAUUUGUACUGUACUAAAAUAAGGUCAAAA